CCAGUUGUUUCUCUUGUGUUCUUUUCUUCUUCUUCUUGUCCUCGGAUACAACUAUGGUGUUUUUCUACGACUGCUGUGACCCUCGUUACAAGGUCUAUAUGGGCCGAGAUAAAUACGAAAACGAAGAGCUACUCAAAUACGGCUGGCCCGAGGACGUCUGGUUUCAUGUUGACGACCAUUCCUCUGCACAUGUCUACCUGCGAAGACCAGUGGAGCUCCCCAAGAUAGAUGACAUCCCUGAGGAGGUGUUGGAGGAAAUGUGUCAACUUACAAAGAACAACUCCAUUGAGGGGAGUAAGGCUUCCAAGGUCGACAUUGUGUACACGGGUUUCAAAAACCUUAGGAAGGGAGCUGAUAUGGUCACUGGUCAAGUGGGCUUCCAUGACACCAAAAAGUGCAAGUUCGUUCGUAACCUCCAUCGAGAUAGAGAGAUCGUGAAGAGAAUUGAGAAGACUAAACGGGAGGCCGAGGUUGACCUCUAUGCUGAGAGGGAAGAACGGGACCGUAAGGAGCGAUUGGCACGCAAGAAGGCUGUUAAGGAGAGAGCUAUUCGAGAGAAGGCUGAGAAGGAGGCAGCUAUCAAGGAGAAGGAACUACGGAGUUACAAGGCAUUUGAUGAGUGUGACGAGUUGAAGACCUCCAAUGUAGAAUUGGGAGGUGAUGGCACUAUUGAGUCCUGUCGCGAGAUUGAGGACGACUUCAUGUGAGCCAGCAGCAAGGUGACAACGUUUACUACCGCACUUAUGUGUAUUGCCUCUCACAUUUCUCGGGGA